GUAGCUCCACGUUGGCCGCACAUGCGCAGUAGGUAGGCCCCUCCGCUCACGGUGAGUGCCUGGGACCACUUGAGACCAGGAAGCGGAAGACAUCCAGACAGUGCAAAAAGUAUUGUAUACAUUCAUCUUUGCGUACAAUGUUCUAGUUGUGAGUAGAGGAGAUAGGUGACAGCUCGGUCCUGUCGGAGUUCCUCUCACCCCUUGGAAAGCUCCUUGUGACAACAUGUUUAAGAAACUGAAGCAGAAGAUCACUGAGGAGCAGUCUCCUGUGAGGAGCACUCUGAGCCCACAUCAACAGGGUAAUCCAAGAUCAGCGUCAUCGGGAAACAGGAGUCGCACUUCUUCAAUGACAGAUCAGCAGGAUGAGAGUACAGCAACUCCUGACAAAGAGAAUAUAUCCAGGUCUCAAGACAGUGUAAAUGGAAAUGAUCCUGCCUCAAGUCAGAAAAGCGAUGGCCAAUCUUUUGCACAGAAGCUGCAGCUUCGGGUCCCUUCAAUGGAGUCAUUAUUUCGUAGUCCUGUGAAGGAGACGUUGUUUCGUUCUUCAUCAAAAGAAUCGCUUGUAAGAAGCGGUUCGCGUGAAUCUUUAAACCGAAUUGAGUCGGACAAUGCAGGACCUAUGUUUGAUCCUUCUUCAGAUAUUGAAAGUGAGACUGAAGAUUCUGUGAGCAAUUUUGAGGGACUCGGCAAAGAACAGCUAUUUCAUAGGCUGCGAAGAAUGGAGAAAAGCUUGGGCAAUUACAGAGGGAAAUAUUCUGAGUUGGUUACAGCAUAUAGAACAGUUCAGAGGGACAAAGAGAAACUUCAGUCCAUUUUGAGCCAGAGCCAGGAUAAAGCGCUAAGAAGAAUUGGAGAGCUGCGAGAGGAGCUCCAAAUGGACCAGCAGGCCAAGAAACAUCUGCAGGAAGAGUUUGAUGCAUCUCUCGAAGAAAAAGACCAGCUUAUUAGUGUGUUACAGACUCAGGUUACUUUACUAAAACAGCGGCUUGGAAAAGUACCAGGGGAUUCAGAGACAACAGCUACUCAGUCAGAGUCUGAAAAUCCAGGGCUUGUCCAAGAAGAGGAGACCGUUAACAAUGCAGCGGCUGAUGAAAGUGGUGAUCCUGCAAAAACUAUAGAGGGUCUACAAGUAAGGGUGAAACGCCAGGAGAACCUUCUUCAGAGAUGUAAAGAAAUGAUACGGUCACAUAAGGAACGGUCCACUCAGCUUGGCAGUGAAAAAGAAGCUCUUCAAAACCAACUAGAUGAAAGGCUUCAAGAGCUUGAAAAGAUUAAGGAACUUCACACUAGUGAAAAGACCAAGCUGAUUACCCAGCUGAGGGAUGCCAAGAAUUUGGUUGAGCAACUGGAGCAAGAUAAGGGAAUGGUCAUUGCUGAGACAAAAAGACAGAUGCAUGAAACUCUAAUGACGAAGGAAGAGGAAGUUUCUCAGCUUCGAACAAGAGUCAAACAGUUGACUACAAAAUGUGAACUGCUACAGGAGGAAAAAGAAAAAUCUGAAAAAUCUGCUUUUGAGCAACUGGAAAAGGCUGUAGCUGCAACACAGAAUACAGAGGAGGCUCAGAAAAUGGGCAAGCAGCAAAUGGAAGAACAGAUUCAAGCCAUUGAAAAAGCCAGUGAAGAAGAGAGAGUGAAUCUUCAAAAGGAACUCAGCCGUGUCAAGCAAGAGGUGGUGGACAUUAUGAAGAAAACCUGUGAUGGGCGUAUCCUUGAGCUGGAAAAAUCUCAAGCAGAAAGCCUGCUGAUUAAAGAGCAGGAACACAAGGAAACACUGAGAAUGCUAGAAGAGACGUUUCAAGAAAAACUGAAAGCAGCUUCUGCAAAGAUUCAGGAAGAGCAUUUACUUUCUCUUCAAGACAAAGAGCAACAAGCAUUACUUGCUUUAGAAGAGAUGGAGCUCCAAAAAAAAGCCAUUCAGACUCAGACUGAAAAUCAGCUUCAGGAAAUGCAGCAGGAGCUUGAAGAAUGUAGAACAAGAAUACUUGAACUAGAAAGCUUCCUUGCAAAAACUUCACAAGACAGUGACAGCAAGACAGGAGAAUUGGCAACACUGAUUGAAUGUGAAACAAACAAGCACAAUGAAGAGAUAAGUACACUUAUGGAGCAACACAAAAAAGAACUUGAACUUCAUAGUCAAGAAUAUGAAAAGUUAUUGAAAGAGAAGCUUGAAAGUAUUGAACAAGAACAUGAUGCUAGCAUUAUUGAGAUGAAAGAGCGGUUUCAGGAAGAACGUGAUCUGCAGCUGAAAGAUAAAGAGCAAAAGUUUCAGGCUCAUAUAGAAGAAAUGAACGAGAAGACCUUGGAGAAACUAGACGUAAAGCAAACAGAGCUGGAAGCCCUCUCAUCGGAACUGUCUGAAGCCUUUAAACUCCGUCAGGAGAUGGAACAGAAGCUUUUGGCAUGUCAAAAUAAGAUGGGUGAGAUGAAACAUGAUUAUGAAGCUCAGCUGAAUGAGCUGCAGAAGCAGCAUCAAGUGCAAAUCGGUACAAUUGAAAAGGAAACAGAAAUUCUAACUCAAGGAGUAGAAAAAGAUUUAAAGGAAGAAAUCAAUGGUCUUAAACUUUUGUUGCACGGUAAGGAGAAAGACCUUGAAAAUAGUCAAGCAGAAAAGCAGAAACUUAGUGAAACUCUGGAAAAAGCUAUAGCUGAGUGUAAGGCUGUCUCUUCUCAGUUGGAUAAAUUACAAUGCUCACAUCUGAAGAAGAUGCAGGAAGAUGCAGAAGCUUUUGAGGCUCGGCUAGCAGAACUGCAAGAGAAGAUAGAUGCUGUGACCCAAGAGAAUGUUCAUCUGAAAGAUUUGGUAAAAGAAAAAGAAUCAGCAUGUAGUAAUUUGACUUUAGAGUUGCAUUCUUUUAAGGAGCAGGUGCAGAACCUUUCAUUACAGAUUGAUAAGCAAACCACGAACAUGAACGACCAAAUCAAUGCUCUUACAUUGCAGUCUGAGACCAAGAUAAAUGAGUACAAGUGUCAGAUAGAAGACUUGAACAGAAUUGUGUUUGAGAAAGAGAAUGAAAACUUGAAGCUCAAAGAAACACAUGGUCAAAUUAUUUUAGAACUGAACCAAAAUGUGUCUUCCAAAGAAAAGAAAAUGGCAUCUUUGCAAGAAGAACACCAAGCAAAAACUAAAACACAAAAUAAUAAGAUUGAAAAAAUGAAGCAAAGAAUAAAAGACAUUCAGGAGGCCUCCAAGAAGAAAUACUCGGAGCUAGAAAGUAAGAUGAAAGAGGAGCUUGAAAAGAAACAAGUUGAACUCAAUAAUAAAGAAAAGCAGUUCAAUGAGAAAAUGCUGGAAAUGGCCCAAGCCAGCUCUGAAGGAAUUAAUGAGACAAUGUCUCAGCUGGAGCAAAACCACAAGGAGCAGAUACAAAAUAUGAGUGAGACUCACCAGGGACUGAUGGAGGAGACUAUUCAGGGCUGGGAGAGGAAGCUUAGCCAGCAUGCAGAAGAACUGAGAGAAAAGCAUGAGCUUGAACUUCAGGAAAAAGAGCAAGAGGUAGUAGAAAUUAAACAGCAGUUUACUAAUUUGAGCAAAGAAAAGAAAGAAGCGGAUAAACAGAUGGAUGAACUGAAAGAAGAGAAAAAUAAAUUAAGCAUCUCCUUUAAUGAAUUACAAGAGCUGCUAAAUCAGACAUCUGAUCAGGUUUUAGUCUUAACGAAUAGUGAAAAUAAUUUGAAAUCUCAGCUUGAAAUAUUGCAAAACAAAUAUACUACCUUGAUGGAUGAAAAGAUGGUGCUUGAAGAGCAGCUGAAUUCGAUUAGAUCAGAGGUAGAGGGGGAUAAAAGCAAAACAAAUGAACUGCUUGGUAAAUUGCAAGAAGCUGAAGGUAAAUGUCAGUCACUUGAGGACUGUCAUAAUAAAGAAAUGGCAGAUAAGCUCUUACAAAAAGACUCUCAAUGCAGUCACUUGUUGCGUGAACAGGAAAAUAAUUUUGAAUUAUACUGCAAAGAAAUUGUUUCACUGUUAGAAUCUUUGACAGCAGCACUCAGUAAUAAAUAUAGUGAUCAAGUAAGCAGAUUGAUUCCAAGAAUUACACAUUGUGAAAAUGGAAUAUUUAAAGUUCAAGGAUCUGUAUCAAAACAUGUGGCUAAGAUUCAAGAUUUAGAAACUCAGCUUGAACAAAUAAAUAAAGAAUUUUCUUCUGUAAACCUUUCCCUGACCCAGGCUACCCAGCAUUUGCAGGAAAAAGAAAAUGUGAUAUUGGUUAUGAAGGAUGAAUUGGAUGCUCUUAUUAUGGAGAAAGAGAUAUUGCAAAAAGAAGGAGGAAAUCAGCAGAAGGUUGCAGAUGAAAAAGAAUCGUGCAUCACAGAGCUAAGAAAACAACUUUCAGAUAAUAUCAACUCUGUUACAUCUCUGACUGCUGCAUUAAAAGAAAAAGAUGGAGAGAUUAAUGAACUUAAACUGAAGCUUGAGAACAGUGUGGAUUUAGAAGAAAAGGAGAAGGCCAUAGUUUUCCUUACUUCACAGCACAAAGAGAGCCAGCAGCACCUUCAUAAUCAGAUCCUAGGUUUAACAUCUAAAAUUGAGGAAAUAAGUAAAGAGAAAACGCGUUGUGCAGAGGAAGCAGGCAUGCUGAAAAAUAAGUUUGAAGAGUGGAAGAAAAAGGCUGAAGUUAAGUUCACACAAAACCAUCAAACAAUUAAAGAACUUCAAGGAAAAAAUGAAAUGGUCAAUAGCCAACUAACAGAAAAAGAUGACCAGAUACGCAAGAUUACGGAAGACUUAAACAAUUAUCAGAGUAAGAAUGCAAAAGAACUAAGCAAAAGGGAGACAGAAUUGGCCUCCAAAUUAGAGAGUCAAAGUUCAAGAAUUCAAGAAAUGAAUGCCGAGCUGGCCAAACUCGCAAAUGAAAAAGUUUGUUUAAUGCAAGAAAUAGAUAGGCAGAUUGAGCAUCAAAGUAUUGAGAAGAAAGAAUUAAAACUGCAACUUGAACAGAUUCAAACUGUUGCAUCAGAAAAAGAUGGCUACUCCAUAGAAGCUCAACAACAGGUACUCCUACUACGCCAUGAAAUCUCAAGCUUGAAAGAAGAUUUUAGCAAGAGACAGUCUGAGUGGGAAGCAUUGAAAGCAGAGCUAACAGAAAGUAAAGAGAACGCACUAAAAGCACUUAAGGAACAGUUGGCUGCUGAAAGUACUAAAAAGAUAGCAGAAUUAAAGAAAAAAGCAGAGCAGAAAAUUGGUUCAGUCAAGAAGCAGCUAACAUCUCAAUUGGAAGAGAAGGAAAAAUCUAAGCAAGAUCUGGAAAUUCAGCUUAAUGAGCUAAGAGAUCAGGUUCAAACAGAAUGCCAAAAAGUUCAAGUAGGGUGGCACCAAGAAAAAGAAGAAUACGAAAACCGAUAUUCAUUGUUGUUGGAGCAAUCCAAUAGCAAAGAAAGCGAAUUAGCAAAUGUUAGACGAGACAUAACUUUGAAAGAACAGAGAGUGAAAGAGCUGGAAGACUCACUGGAAGAUAUCCAGAAAAAACUUUCUGAAUCUGAGCAGAGCCUUAAAGAGAGGGAAUCGAGCAUGAUAAAUGAAAUGGAAGCAGAAAAACUAAAAAAUAAGCAGUUGUCUUCCAAACAUCAGGAAGUUUUACUUUCUUUUCAGGAACAAUUAACUGACAAAGAUUCAGAGCUGAAAGCUUGCAUGGAGAAAUUGGAGGAGAAAACAAAGACAUGUGAAGAUUUACAGGUGCUUUUUGAUGAAAUUCAGUCUCAAGAGAAUGCACUAAAGAUAAAGCUUCAAGGAGCCGAAGGUGAAGUACAGAAAUUCCGCAAGGAAGUAACCAAAUUGCAAAAAGACAUGCGCACUUUACGAAAGGAGCACAAUCAAGAGUUGGAUUUGGUAAAGAAAGAGCUAUUUGAAGAAACCGAUCAAAAAAUAAAACAUGAGCAGGAAGAUCAAGAAUUGAAGCACAAUUCCACUUUAAAACAACUAAUGAGGGAGUUCAAUACACAGAUGGCACAGAAAGAACGUGAGCUUGAAACUGCUGUGCAGGAGACAAUAGGCAAAGCACAGGAGGUUGAGGCUGAAUUAAUGCAAUCUCAUCAUAUAGAAACAACACAACUUCAUAAAAAAAUUGCAGAGAAAGAAGAUGACUUAAAGAGAACAGUCAAAAAGUAUGAAGAACUCUUUGAGGCAAGAGAAGAAGAAAUGACGGGAAAAGUGACAGAACUACAGGAAAAGCUGUUGCAAUUACAGGAAGAGUUGUCCAAGAGACAGGAGGAGGAGGAGGCGGCAGCAGCUAAGGGUGCAGAGGAAACACAUUUCGAGGAUCUUCAGGCUCAGCUGGCAGAGAAAACCAUGUUACUAAAUGAAGCCAAACUGAACAUGCAAGAAUCUAAGGAAAAGGCUAUUGUUUUGGAAGACCAGUUAAAAAAGUACUCACGUGGUGUUUUUGUUACUCCUCUUGGCACUCCUUAUAAAGAUGAUAAUCAUCGGCAUACUGACAUCAAUAUGUUUGGUGAGCCUACUGAAUUUGAGUAUUUGAGAAAAGUAAUGUUCGAAUACAUGAUGGGGCGGGAAACAAAGACAAUGGCAAAAGUGAUAACAACCGUGCUACGGUUUCCAGCUGACCAGGCCCAGAUAAUUCUUGAAAAAGAAGAUGCCCGACCUGUGUCUUGGCUGAGACCUUCCUCCUAAUGCUGCUUUGAAGACCCGGCUUCCUCUAGAUUUGUCAGCAUUACAUUUUUACAACUGAUGGAAUGAAAUGAAAGUCAAAUCUAAUAGGUUUAGCAAUCAAAAACUCUUACCAUUAACUGCCUUGAGUUGAGCUGAUGCUACAUAGUGACCAUCUUGGCACUAUUUUUUUUGUAAAUCAUCUUUCUUCUUAUAAAAGGAGUGUUCUGUACAUUGGUACAAUAACGGUUUGAAAAUGGACAAAGUAAUUUAUUAUGUAUGAGAAAUGGUUUAUUUAAACGUGACUUGCAUAACAAAUAAGUAAGCACUUGCAUGAAAAAUGCUACCAUUGCUAACCUAUUAAUGUCUAAUAUAUGCUCACUUAGAGACACCUUUAACUCGGUGCAUAUACAUUUUUGUCCAUGUCAACCUCUUCUUGAUUUAGAGACCAUACACCCAGACACAUGCUUCAAUGUGUCAGGUCCUAAAGAGGAACUGAACUCUGGAAGUUAUGCCCAAAAAAGGCAAAUAACUGGUUAUCAAUAUUGCCUUUGGUCUCCCUGCACUGUUAUUUUUCUGGGGUAAUUCUGGAAAAAAAAAGGUUCAUUUUUAGAGUACUGCUUAACACACACAAAUAACAUUUCUAAAUGCUUCCUAAAACAUGGCAACAUUUGCGGUUUGAGUUCAGAUUUUUUUUAUCUUGCAACCCCCACCUUGUUCUCACAUUUCAUAGCACAUCCUACUUUUGUUUGCUUAUACUAUAAAGUGUGUGUUUUGGACUGUGGGCUAUUGCAAUUUAGGCGGCAAGUGACGAUGACGAUAAUAUUUUCCUGGCUUUGGAAAUCUUCAAGGUGUGCAGUAGAGUUUAUUACAUUAAAAUGUAUUUGCGGGUACCUCAAAGUUCCUGCUAUCUGAUGUACUUUUAGACAUUAACAGUUUAGCAAAAGUGGAUGUAUGUGAAGUGGAGGUACUGCGUAUAAAAUAGAAAUUAUCCUUGAGAAUUAUAGUUAUACUGUUUAUCUACUAUUGUGGUGUUGAAUCAGGGGAGCCUACACCAAAUUCUGAAUUUUCAGAAUGCUUCUGCACUUUUAUCUUCACAUCAAGCCUGCAAAGAUCAGCUUGAUUUAUAAUAAACCAGCUACCCCCCUCACCCUCCACCUAGGAGGUCUAGUGCUGAAACUGAGAACACUAGUAAACUUAUUUAUAGAAGAACCUAUUUUAAUCUAAAUUGAUCCCAAACUCAAAACUGUGUGCAAUAUCAGGAAAAUAGCAAACCUAUAUGUGGAAAAAAAAAAUCUGUUUAAGGGCUUAUUCACACCAGGCCGUGUUAUACCGUGGCUGCUGUAUGCGCUGUAAAGGGAGCAAGGUGAUGAUCUGACUGUAAUGCAUUGCACUGCUUACUUUUUUUUUUUUUUUUUACUUUAUCAAAAUAUUACAAACUGACAUUUCAUGGCAAAUGUGCCAAUAGAAGCCUCUGUGUCAUUUAUAACUAUGCAAUGUUAGAGGUUGACACAGUAUGGCUCAUGCUGACUGCCAGUUAUCUUAAAGCAAACCUGUGACAGACUUGGGCAAUUCAAACUGAGUGUACAAAAUAAAAAAUCAUAAACCAGUGUUUCUUUUAAAGUGGUGGUGAACU